GCUGUAAUUGCUAUGAUGGAGCUCUGCUAUUUUGACGACGCUGAGACUGCUGUUGAAGACGAACUGCAAAAGCGGUUGAGUCAACUGGAUAAUGUAACAACCGCAAAUAGGUUGUUCUCUUUUACGACUUCCCAAUGCUCAACAGCAUCUGAAAUAUGCACUUUGUUGUCGCCUAAAGAAAAGUCUUUCAAAGACCAAAACCAUAGCACAUGUUCUGUCCAAGUUAGAGAAAAUGGAGAUUGCCAGAGAAUGAUGCAGAAAAUUCAUAUUAGCAGGCCCAAACAGUGGACAGAGCAAAAAGUGAACGGAGGAAAACUUGGCUUGCGAGCAUGCACUCCAACGAGAAAGUCCACAAUGCUGACUAAAUCAGCGAGUUCUCGGAAGAAAAGCUGCAGCAACCUCAACGAACAAGGUGGUAGCGGUGACUCCAUUCUUGUAUCUCACGAUGACUCUGCUCCCACGUGGCAUACCUGCAGUUUCGACAGCCAAGUCUCAAGUUCACAAUUCGCACGGCGUUCUUCACCGGAUGGUGUGAGAAGCUAUUGCUCACUAUAUAGUUGCAAAAACGAGAACCACACUAGAAAAGGAGUUCCCUCACCUCCAUAUGCGUCAUCAAGCAUUCGUUAUACAACUUCUUCGGUACCAGUCAGCUCGAUGAUAUCCGCUGAAGACUCGCUAGGAGGAAAUGUCGGAAUAAUUUUUGAAAGAGGAGAUGCACAAGUUAAAAUCUCACUGAGUGCUUCCAUGAACGGAGAUAACCUGCAUGCAAUGGGCAUCGAUGCGGUCUGACGCGGUGGCUACUUAUCUCAAUAUGCAGUAUUUUUUGCUCUUUAACAA